AACAAGAGUUGGCAGUUGAGGAAGGAAGCAAACAUGCAUUCAGCUUUGUCUUUACAGAUAAAGUGCUCAGUGUGCUUGAGCGAUUUUACCGACCCAGUUACACUUUCUUGUGAACACUCGUUCUGCAGGAAGUGUAUCACGGGCCACAUGCAGGCCAGUCUGGGACCAAGAGCCUGCCCAGAAUGCCAAAGUCCCUAUGACGAAGAAGACCUGAAAUCCAGCCGUUUAUUGAGAAACAUGACCUCCACUGUGAGAGAGCACCUUGCCGAACUUAAAUUGGAUGAAUCUACACCUAAAGAAGGAAAAGCAACCUUAAAGCUCUCAGAAAUGGAAGGGAUGUUGAUGUGUUCGGAACACGAUGAGAAAUUUAAACUGUUCUGUGAGACAGAUCAGAAGCUGGUGUGUGUCAUCUGCAGGGAUGGAGACAAGCAUAAAGGGCACGUCUUUAAACCAGUGAAAGAAGCUGCACAGAUCAACAAGGGGGAGCUGAAGACUGCGCUGGGGUUUCUUGCCAAAGAAAAUGGACAGCUGGAUUACAUGAUCCAACAACAGACGACUGAGAUCACCAAAACUGAGGAUAAAUCCAAAACUUUAUCAGCCCGGAUCUCUGCUCAGUUUGAAGAAAUGCACCAGUUCUUAAGACAAAAAGAGGAUGAGGUGAAGAAACGGUUGGAGAAGGAGGAGAAGAAAGUUAUAGAAUUCAUGCAGAAUAAUCAAUCUGUGAUAAACAGACGGUUCAUGGAGAACAAAGAGAAGGAGAUUAUUCUGCAGUCAGCCCUGGAGAUUGAGCAACCUGAUUACUUCCUACAGUGGUGGAAUGAAAAAGGAUUUCCAAUGACAAAGAACAUGAAGCAGAAAGCCGACAUGACACCAUCAAAUAUCAAGUACAUGUCAAGGGUGAAAGAUCUUACUGUGCUUCCCGACUCUCUCUUUCUUGGCCCUCAUGAAACUCACCUGCAGUUCUUUGUGUGGAAGGAGAUGCUGGGAUCCAUCAAACCAGUUCCUGAGAGUUUGACCCUGAAAAAUCCUGGACAGUCAUACUUAAAAGUGUCUCCAGGGGGCGCCAGAAUCCGACAAGCUGACAGAGUGACUGGUCUGUAUAAAGACUUCAACCCUGGUACAGUUUCAGAGGAAAACUUCCAAACUGGCCAGCACUACUGGGAAAUAGAGGUCAGAGAGAAGCCAGACUGGACUGUGGGAGUUAAGAUGAGAGCAGCAAAGUCAGCUGAGAGUGAGAUCCUGCUCCACCUUAAACACAGUAAAGGAUACGUUCUGUUCUGUGAUGGAAAGGACACUACAUUGAAUACUCAGGACAAACCACAGAAAAUAGGGUUGUAUCUGGACUGUGAGAGAAAGCAGGUGUCGUUCUAUAAUGCAGACAGCAUGUCUCGCUUGGCCCAGAUAAACUACAGCUCAAAGCAGCCUUGCUGUCUUACUCUGGUUCCAGGACUUUAUCUGGAUGGGGUGAACAGCGAUCCUCUCACUGUCUGCUCAUAUGAGUUUAACACAGGCAAACGCUGACAUGCUAGCACAGUUACUAGCUGCACAUUUUUGAGACAUUGUAAACGUCUCAGAUUUGAGACAUAGGGGAUAUCUACGUCAUCAAAGAUCAGAUUAUAAUAAAGAUGUUUUGAGCUUUACAGCUGUGUCUGCUAAAUGACACAUCAUGAUAAUAUGAACUACAAUUUAAUUUGGUUUCAAGGACAAGGAGAAAAAUUCAUUCUUCAAAUGAAUUUCUCAAUUGCAGGCCAGGAUGUCUGAGUUUGACCAACAAAAGAGUAAUUAACAAUCAGGUUGUCUUCCUUUUCACAUGUAUAUCUUUGUAUUCAUUUUCAGUUUUAGAUGGCUUAUUUCAGCUUAUCUAUUAAGUUAUCUAUUAAGUUAUCCUGCCAAGAGAUAUGAGUGGUUUUCUGCUUUUCUUGUAAAUGUUGUUUGAUGAGCAUACACUCUAAAAAAUGCUGGGUUGUUUCAAACCAA